CGGGAGCGCGUCCCGGACACCAGGCGAGCGCGCCGGGCGGAAGUCGGCUGCCCGCUGGGUCCCGGCCUUGUUGCAGGGAGGCCCCGGAGCCAGCCUGCACCGGCUUCAGCACACACAGCCGUCCCGUGAUGUAAGGAAUGCAGACGGUGCCGGGCUCCGGAGCUGGGCUGCCCGCACCGUGGACAGAGCGGUGUGUGGAUGGCCCUGGCCCCUGGCAAAGCUGGAUGUCUUUUCCCUGUCUCCCUUCCUGUGGUUGGCAGAAAAACGGCCCCCCAAGAUGUCCACAUCCUGACCCCCAGAACCUGCAAGUCCCGCCUGCCCUUCAGUCUGAUGCCCGUCCAGCCCUCCAACCACCUGGAAUGGAAUGAGCCUAUGCAUGCCCUCCGGAUAAGUGUGGGGGGCCUUCCGGUGCUGGCGUCCAUGACCAAGGCCGCGGACCCCCGCUUCCGCCCCCGCUGGAAAGUGAUCCUGCCGUCCUUUGUGGGCGUUGCCGUCCUCUGGCUGCUCUACUCCCACCGCCCACCCCCAGGCAGGCCCCCUGCGCCCAAUGCCCACAGCUGGAGGCUCAGCCAGGCAGCUGCUGACCGGUACAAUGACACGUACCCCCUGUCUGCCCCCCAGAGGACGCCGGGCGGGACUCGGUACCGAAUUGCAGUUAUUGCUGACUUGGACACAGAGUCUAGAGCCCAAGAGGAAAAUACCUGGUUUAGUUACCUGAGGAAGGGCUAUCUAACCCUCUCAGACAGCGGGGACAAGGUGGCUGUGGAGUGGGACAAAGGCCAGGGGGUCCUAGAGUCCCAUCUGGCUGAGAAGGGGCGGGGCAUGGAGCUGUCUGAGCUGAUCGUCUUCAACGGGAGACUGUACUCCGUGGACGACCGGACAGGAGUCAUCUACCAGAUCGAGGGCACCAAAGCUGUGCCGUGGGUGAUUCUGUCCGAUGGCGAUGGGACGGUGGGGAAAGGCUUCAAAGCCGAGUGGCUGGCUGUGAAGGACGAGCAUCUGUAUGUGGGCGGCCUGGGCAAGGAGUGGACCACCAGCACGGGGGAAGUGAUGAAUGAAAACCCAGAGUGGGUGAAGGUGGUGGGCUGCAGGGGCAGCGUGGACCACGAGAACUGGGUGUCCAGCUACAACGCUCUGCGGGCCGCUGCAGGGAUCCAGCCUCCAGGCUACCUCAUUCACGAGUCUGCUUGCUGGAGUGACACGCUGCAGAGGUGGUUCUUUCUGCCGCGCCGGGCCAGCCACGAGCGGUACAGCGAGAAGGACGACGAGCACAAGGGCACCAACCUGCUUCUGAGCGCGGCCCAGGACUUCGGCGACAUCUCCGUCAGCCACGUGGGGGAGGUGGUCCCCACGCACGGCUUCUCCUCCUUCAAGUUCAUCCCCAACACCGAUGACCAGAUCAUUGUGGCCCUGAAGUCUGAGGAGGACAGGGGUAAGAUCGCCACCUACAUCAUGGCCUUCACGCUGGACGGGCGCUUCCUGCUGCCGGAGACCAAGAUCGGCAACGUGAAGUAUGAAGGAAUAGAGUUUAUUUAAAUUUACAAAACUCAGACCAGCAAGGCCCAGAGGUGGACAGUUUUCAGCUCCAUCAGGACUCAAAUUUUAUAAAAACCAGAUGACUGCACUUUUCUGUGGUGUUUUAUGUUGCUUUUUUUUCCUUUUUGGGGGAGGUGUGUGCCUGGUUCAAGGAGUUCAGUCAGCCCCAGGGUCCUGGAGCUGCAGAGCCUGGAGUCCUCAGCUCUGGGAAAGGGUCCUGGUGCCCAGGGUGUGCCGACCGGUGUGUGCUCUGCCAUCUGGUGGUGGGAGCUGGUCCCUGCAGGCAUCCUAACCUGGGGGCCCUCUGUAACCUGGCUUCGCACUUCCAUCUGACCUCCCUUUCUCCUCUGUUUGUUCUUCCCUUCAGUGAAUGUUUCUUGAGCUCCUUCUAUGUGUCAAGCCCUGUGCCCCCUCUAGGAGCUAAACUGCGAGUCCAAAGUGGACCUGCCUAUCAGGAACUCCUGGGCCAGCUCCUUUUCUUCCUUCUUCGUGAACCUCAUGCAUUAAAUCCACUUCUCCAGGUUCCUGGAAAAGAAUCUGUCUAUACUGCAGAGAAUUACAGGGAUGUGUGGGUGAGGGCAGACCUCCAGGGACAUAUCUACCCAAAUUCUGCAGGAAAGGACACAAGCUCGCUCGUUUGUUCUCAGCCUCACAUCAGACAAUCUCCACUUCAUGUGACCGACUCCCGUUUUUCCCUUCAGGAAAAUUCUGUGGCCAUGCAGCACUUUGAAGUUGUAAUUAUUAACUUAUUUUAAUUAAACCAAUUUCCUUUCUCGGAAUCACCAUCUGAUCACACAGAGUGAGUCUCAUAGUUAACUUCAUUCCCGGCAGUGGAGGAGUUUGGAAUCAAGUUCUCACAGUUGGUCUGACAAGUUUUUAAGCGUUUCCGAGUCUUUGGUCAAAGGAUACAAAGAUAAAACAUUGCUUUUUAUGAACAACUAUCAGAAGUUGUCAUGCCUUUAAAGACUUCCACAAAUGAUUAUCUUUUACUUCUGACCCUACGUUCCGCCACACCCACCCUGGGUCCCAGGCGCUGGGCUCAGUGCUCGAGAUGUCAGCGGGGAUGCUCAUCUGGUCCCAUGGCUUCUGUCCCCUGACCUUUUAUUCCCCCUUCCCGGGGAGCUUUGCAGUCUCUUCUCUGGAAACUUCGCACAAACCCUGCUUGUCUGCAUCCCUUGGCCUCUUCUCCAUGCUCCAGGGCAGAGGCAGAGAGAGGGUUUAGGACAGGUCAGCCAGGAUUGGAGCCAAGUAGGACCCCACCAUCAGCCCACAGCGCCCCUGCCCUGAAGCAGUGCCCCUCUCCCCUCAAGGGGAUGUGGGGUGCCGUGAUGGCCCAGGAAGGGCCAUCAGACUUUUCUCAGACUCUAAUACAGCUGCUAGGAAGGAACCCAGUGAGGAUCCCUCUUGCACUGCUGUGUGUUUCUUCCACUAUAAAACAUCUAGCGAAAGAAUGUGACACGUUUCUCUGGAACUCAGCUCCCGCUGGACAUAGCGUGGAAGACCCCAGUCUUUUCUGACUUUGCCUGGCCGGACUCCCUGACUCAUUUUCUUGAUAAAUGUCACUGAUGUUGGGGCUCUGUGAGUUUUUAAGACAGAGGUGAAAUUAGGACAGAGGACUUGGGACAGUCACUAAGUUGAGACCUUUCUGAUGGCACCUCAGCCAUGGCCUAGGUGCCCUGAAGAGCAUUUUCACCGUCAGUGAUUUUUGACUCUUUUAAAGGUAGACAUUUUUUCGUUUCUGUAUCUGCUGCUGUCAGCAUAAUGAUUGUGUUCCUUCCAACUGGAGCCAUUGUUUUGUAAACAAUAAAGUGCCAGAGGGGCUGUGA